CUAAGUGGGAACAGAGCUUUUUCUGUUUCAUAUUACAGAGAAAAGAGGAGAAAGAGGAGAGGAGUUAAUGGUGGGUAAGGGCUUUGGUGGUUUGUGCAGCCAGCCUCUGUUUUGAAUGUAGCUGCUUUUGAAAGUGCUGUGCAGUUGUCUAGGUUUAUGGAUUCGCUGACUGUGGAAAAUGUACUUCUCUAUAGUGGUCCUUGUCCUGACUAAGACUCUGGUCACAGAGGUAUGCUACACCCUGAACGUGACGGUCACCCCCGGGCCUUUGGUCUUAGUCACAGAGAGAGACAACUUGACUCUGUCCUGUCUGGUGUCUGAAAAAAAGUGGAGCAACAGUGUCCUCAUUCUCCGCUGGUUCUUCUUGCCUUUGACUCCUCCGACUCUCAGACCGCCUCUUUUACCGACCACUUCUCCAACCGCACUCCCACCCUCCCAGUUUCUGAUUGUAAGGAUAGGAAUCAAGAAGAUACAGCAGUAUGGGAACUACAGCCGUCGCUUCCCCCAGCCAAAGUUUCAUUUAUUUGAUGGUGUGGUGGGAGAAGUGUACCGGUUGCUCAUCAUCAAUAUCACAGGGACGGAUGAGGGCUUUUAUAGCUGUAGAGUUCAGGAGAUCCGAAAAUACAAAAACACAUGGAGAGCCUCGUCCAAUGGCUCCAGCACCACACAGCUGACAGUGCACUUUACUCCUGAGGAUGGCAGCAGCGAGGGGCUCUGGGUUUUAUUUGCAGAUGUGUAUUUGUGUGCCGUGUUGAUCUGCUCACUGGGCCUGCUGUCCAUCUUUUUGUUCUCCCUCGUUUUAACAUGCCAGUACUUCCACAGGAGACACAGAUUGAAAGCCAGUUAUCUUUUUGUCAAAUGUCCAGAAAGCAGUUCUGGAGAGACUGUUACCAGCUCCAGCAGCUGCUCCAAUUCUCCCCCAAGAACACGAAGAAAAGAGAGGAGACAGCAGGUUGACCGGGGACCAAAAGUGACACCAUCUGAAGAGCCACUGUUUCAGCCACCCAUCAGAGCGCCUGUCGCACCAAAGAGACCUCAGAAGCCCAGAAGGUUGAAGACUCAGCCAAGGAGAUCUGCUACCUCCCGAGUCUCACAAGAAGACAGCCUGACAUACGCAGAGCUGGAGUUAGUCCGACCGCGGCAGCAGCCACCAGUCUCCCCCAGCCCUGACGCCACACCCUCCAGCUCUGACACUGUGUAUGCUCAGAUACUCUUCCAGGAAGAAAAGCUAUAGACCUGGCAGCUCAGCACCUCCUGGUGAGGGCACCCAAAACUGACCUGAGCAGCAUCUAAAGGAACAUAUUUAUAAAGUAGGAGCAUGAUAUUUAGCUGUUUUUGAUGAAAGACGCCAUGUUUGAGGGUAAGUGAGUGGUUUGGACUGUGCUAGGGCAGGUCAAGUCCUGCACAUAUAUUUUAUUGGACUCCUUUGCUUAUUGACGUGGUCUCUUGCCAGUGAGUCUAUUGUUUAUAGCCCAGAUUUCCCGUCAACUAUUGUCUAUAAGCCUAUGAGACUGUUAAAAUAAACUAUUGUCUAGAAUUUUUUUUUUACCGCAGCAUCAUGUCACUUUAACAAUCAACUUUUUAAGCAAACUCGUUAUUACUGUAUUAAAACUCAAGAUUAUUAUAUGCAGUGGUCUGAAGUCUUUAAUUUAGAAAAAUGCAGAUUUAAAUAGUAGAAAAACACCCAGCAAACCAUUUCAUUCCAGUGUUUUGUAUCUGUGGCACAUCUAAAAACUGCAGGACAUCGUCCCUUGAGGACUGGAGUUUGACAACCUGUGAUCUACAGGGUUGAAAUGGCUCCAGCUUAUGAAAGUCCAACCUAUUUUAUCAGAAAAAUGUAUAUGAUUUCCAGGUCAAGAACGAAGUUAUUGAAAAUGUUGCCUAUGGCUCCCGUUUUGGAUUUUCAACACUAGAAUCCUCCUAGUUAGAUUUAAGCAAUAUAGUACAAGCAUCCAUGUGCUGCAGGCUUAGGUAGCCUGAAAAUAUGGUGCUUGAAUAUGGUAAUUCAAUCAUUUUAUUGCACUUCCCCCCCGAUACGCAUAAUCUGUGCAUUAAUAUUACAAAUAUGAAAAAAUUUGCAAUAUAUUGUGCAGCACUACUUUCGUUUUCUCACACUUAGAAAUUACUGGAAAUUAUUAGAAAUUACUACAUUUGUUUCUCUGCCAAAGAUAACUAUUAUUGGACAUUUUCUCUUUAUGGAAAACAAAGAAAUUGGAUAUGUUCAUCAGAGCAUAAAGGACUUUUAUCAGUAUAUUUUAUUUGAUUUGUGACACAAAAAGCAAAAGACUCCUUUUAGGUCAUUGUUUUGAUAAAUCUUUCAUAAAAUGCUAGAAAUUAGUCCAAUCAGCGGGUAAAACUGAUGUUUUAAAUCCAGCAAGCAGUACAUCCAGGGAAGGUGAAGGGUGCAAGGCAGUUUGUGAAGGUCAGUGUGAAGAGUGGAAUGAAGAUGGAGGUGCCUCCAGAAAGAGAAUGAUGCACAUCUAAACUCCUUUUACGGUGAGUGGGAGAGAGACAGAGACCAUCAUCCCCCACGGUUCACACUGACUGGGAUGAACCCGCUAAUGACUACAUUUAUUCAAAUUAGACUAAUUGUAAUCAUGGUUAAUAAUUAGCUUUACAGUGCAUUAUAAUUGGGUUAGGCUACAAGAUGGUUCUGCCUAGGUGCAAUAAUUUAUUUGAUUUAAUUAUUCUGAGGAACCCAGUGGUUUGACAUCUCAUAUCAUAAAACCAGCCGUGUAGAGAGAAUGGAGAUGGCUGUUGUCUUUAGAGAAGGUCAAUGCUCGCUCUCUGGGAAAAUUAUGAGGACUAUUUUCCACUCUAUUAAGCCACUCCACUUAGCACAAUUAGCCACACACACAAAGGUUAAAGAGAGAGACCCAGUCCUUUAUGACAGAGGAGUGGCGCAUUUGCUUGAGAGUCACAACAACAAACGUAACACAAGCAGGACUCCAGAGUUUCCACAAUCCAGCAUGAUUGUUUUUUUUAUUUGACUUGUUUGUUGCCUUUUAUGUGAUUAACUGUCACAAAGUAACAGAUAAGAUGUGGAAGGAAAACUCAUAUGUAGUUUUCAAUUUUCCUAAACAAAAAUUUGAAAAGUAUGACAUACAUUUGUAUCCAGGCCAGUGGAGUUGUGUCAACUCCAUGUAGAACCACCUUACAGUUACAAAUAAUUUAGCUUUGCACAACAAGAGACUGGAAUGUUUGCUCUUUCUUAUUUGAUAAAUAACUCAAGCUUGGUCAGGUUGGAUGGGAAACAUCAUUAGUAUUUAAGCCUUCCCUUAACUUAUCUGUUGAAUUUAGAUCUGGAUUUGGAACUUGAAUGUGCUUUCUUCUAAACCACAGAUGACAAAUUCAGACUCAAUCAUAUCAAUCAAUCAAUCAAAUUGUAUUUGUAUAGCACAUUUCAGCAAGGCAUUUCAAAGUGCUUUACAUCAUAAACACAAGAUUAUUCCAGAUGUUUGCUAGACCAUGGGCUGCUGGGAAGUUGUCUUUUGAAAAAGAAACAUGUCUGAGAUUUAUUUGACUUUUUACUGUGUCUUAUUUGACUUUUCAUCCCUCUAAGUGUUUAAUUUCAGCCUGUUAUGUAUUUGAUUUUGAUGCCCUGACUUGUUAUUCUGUCUGUUUUUUGUGUUGUUCUCUUUCAGAAAGGUAAAACCUCUUCUUCUUGCUAUUUCUCCACAUUAGCCAAAUUUGUGAACUGCACAGUUCAGUUGUCCUGUCCCCAGAUUGUCCAACCUUAGCUGUGAAUCUAUGUCGUUCUUCUAGAGUUACCAUUAGCAGAUAAUGGAUUGAGUAGAGCUGUGUGAGAUGUUCAAAGCAAACUUUAUCUCUGACUGGUCUGCUGUGUUACAUUAGGAAUAAACUUUCAAGCUGC